AUGGGAAGGUCAAGUACUCCAGAAAGAGGACGUUCAGCUGUCAAGACAGGAGCUGUUGUCAUAGAUACUGGUACAGGGACAUGUAAAGCUGGCUUUGCUGGUCAGCAGACCCCCCAGGCAGUUAUUGGGACAUUGGUUGGACACCCUACAGAAAAAUCUAUGAGGACUAGAAGAGAUAGACCAGAUACAUUCAUUGGAGAGCAAGCUCGAUUGGAACCUGAUAUUGAUAUCAUUUUUCCAGUAAGGCAUGGCAUAAUCAUAGACUGGGAAGCAGCUGAAGCACUGUGGAGGCACCUGUUCUACCAUGACCUCAAAGUUGCUCCAGAAGAACAUGCACUUUUAAUGUCUGAUCCUCCUCUCUGUCCAACUACAAACAGGGAAAAAUUGGUGGAGGUUGUCUUUGAGUCUCUCAAUUCUCCUGGAAUGUAUGUGGCAUAUCAGUCUGUACUGUCAGUGUACGCUCAUGGAAAAAUGAGUGGAUUAGUGGUAGAUACAGGCCAUGCUAUGACACACACUGUACCAGUCCAUGAAGGAUACAAUUUGCCACAUGCCAUAGAAAGGAUGGACAUUGCUGGAGCCAAUAUGACAUCUUUUUUGAUCUAUUCUGUCUGGACAGGAGGUUCCGUUCUUGCUUCCCUGAAAAACUUCCAGCCAUGCUGGAUCAGAAAGGAGCAAUACCAUGAAAGUGGACCAUACAUUGUCCACAGGAAGUGCUACUGA